CUGGAUUCCUAGAGAGGACAGGAAGUGAAGGGGGGUCAAGGUCCUCCAUGGCUAAAUUCCCUCCCUCCCACAUCCCUUCCUACAAGCCGAGAGGAGAUUGCUUUGUUUUCUCUCCUUUGCAAAAGCUUCCUUGGGGCCCCUCCUGGACUCGGGACCCUGCAGCUCGUUGUGGCUCCUUGACUCCUCAGGAAGGAUGAGAGAGACAGAUCCUGCAAACCUAAGGAAGAUGGAAGGGGGAAGAUGGACUGUUGACCUGGUCAGGUUGUCUCCUGCAUCCCUUCCCACAACCUCUGAGCGCUCCCUCCCAGGGACCUCCGAGAGAUCUGAUGGUGAUGAAUUGGAAGGGAAGGAAAAGGGGGAGCACAACAGAAUCCACAUAGCGGAGAAGUCAAAUAAAUAUUCAGGGUGUGGAGAGAACAUCCGUCAGAGCUCCCAGUCCACCUCCCAUCAAGGAAACAGCUUCAUUCAGAGGGAUAGCCUUACUUCACACGAAAGAACUCACAGUGGAGAGAAAUUGUAUCAGUGCUUGGAAUGUAGAAAGAGCUUCAGUCGGAAGGAUUCUCUCAUUUCCCAUCAAAGAAUUCAUACAGGAGAGAAACCCUAUCAGUGUUUGCAGUGUGGAAAGUGCUUCAGUCAGAGGAGCAAUCUGACAACCCAUCAAAGGAUUCAUACAGGGGAGACACCCUAUAAGUGCUUGGAAUGUGGAAAGAGAUUCAGACAGAGUUCAGAGCUCACUUCCCAUCACAGAAUUCAUACGGGGGAGAAACCCUAUCAGUGCUUGGAAUGUGGAAAGAGCUUCAGACUGAGCUCAGAGCUCACUUCCCAUCACAGAAUUCAUACAGGGGAGAAGCCUUAUCAGUGCUUGGAAUGCGGAAAGAGCUUCAGUCAGAGCCACAGCCUCACUUCCCACCAAAUAAAACAUACAGGGGAGAAACCCUAUCAGUGCCUGGAAUGUGGAAAGAGCUUCAGACAGAGGAACGGUCUCACUUACCAUCAAAGAAUUCAUACAGGGGAGAAACCCUAUCAGUGCUUGGAAUGUGGAAAGAGCUUCGGUAACCGCCAAAUUCUCACUUCCCAUCAAAGAAUUCAUACAGGGGAGAAACCCUAUCAGUGCUUGGAAUGCGGAAAGAGCUUCAAUUUUAGGACUAGUCUUACUUGCCAUCAAAGAAUUCAUACAGGGGAGAAACCCUAUCAGUGCUUGGAAUGCGGAAAGAGCUUCAAUUGUAGGUCUAGUCUCACUUCCCAUCAAAGAAUUCAUACAGGUCAGAAACCAUAUAAAUGCUUCCAAUGUGGAAGGAGCUUCAGUCACAGCCACGACCUCACCAUCCAUCAAAGGAUGCAUACAGGUGAGAAACCCUAUCAGUGCCAGGAAUGUGGAAAGAGCUUUCGUGAGACGGGAAAACUCGCUGCCCAUCGAAGAAUUCAUACAGGGGAGAAACCCUAUCAAUGCUUGGAAUGUGGAAAGAGCUUCACCCAAAGGGCCCAUCUCCUAACCCAUCAAAAAACUCAUACAGGUCAGAAACCCUAUCAAUGCUUGGAAUGUGGAAAGAGCUUUCGUGAUAGGGGUAAACUCACUUCCCAUCAAAGAAUUCAUACUGGGGAGAAACCCUAUCAAUGCUUGGAAUGUAGAAAGAGCUUCAGUCGGAGGGAUAGUCUUACUUCCCAUCAAAGAAUUCAUAAAGGGGAGAAACCCUAUCAGUGCUUGGAAUGUGGAAAGAGCUUCAGAUGGAGAGUUAGUUUCACCUCCCAUCAAAGAUUUCAUACAGGAGAGAAACCAUAAGUGUUAGAGGGGUUUUUUUCUCUGGUGGCAGAUGACAGAAGACUGACACCACGAGACUGGUGUAAAACCAAACCAAAUAACGAUUUAUGACAAAACAACAAACAGCAAAGCUUGUGGGUGUUUUUCCUGCAGGCAGAGUUCAAACUGCAACUUUUCCUUCCUAAUCAUGACCAGCUGUAACCAAUCUGCCCAAAGCUCACAGAAACAGUUCUUAAAGGUACAAACAUCCUUACUGUUUCUUUGAAGAAUGACUCCCAACACUAACAGUGCUUGGAAUGUUUAAAGAACUAAUAAUAAUAACAGAUACAGGGAGGUAGCUGUGUUGGUCUGCCAUAAUAAUAAUAA